UCGGGAGAUUAGGAAGGGCACAGCGGGGGCCUGCGGCGGGGCGGCAGCGCCCGGCCCCUUCCCCACCCCCGGGGCGGACGGGGGGGGCUUCUUGCCUGCGAAUAGACGAGACGCCUCGCAGAAGCCGGGGAGGGAGCCGGAGCCCGGACGGGUGCCAAGGGCGCAGCGGCCCCCCCGGUUUUACACCCCGCCGGCCCCAGACUGCGGUGCCCGUCCGCGGCGAGGGGAACGCGGCGGGGCCGCACCGGGCGGGGAGAGAGUCCCCCCCGCAGCCGGGGAAGAAGGACCGGGGCGGGGGGGGAACGACGACGGGGGACCCUGCGUCAGUGCAGGGCCGUCCCCCUUCCCCUCCCCGUGCGCUCGGCUCUGCCUCCCGCCAGCCUCCCACGCCUCCCGCGAGGUGCGGCCGCGCUACAUAAACACGGCCCCGCCGCCGCCGCCGGGGCUCUCCGCUCGCGGCCCGACGGAGGCGCCUGGCCGGGCAGCGGGCACCGCAGCGGCGGCGGGGAGCGGAGCGGCGGCGGCCGCGCGGCUCCGGGGACCGACGGGGCGGGAGGCUCCGGCGGGCAGCGGCGGAGGGCUGCGCGCUCCCCCGCGGGCGGCGGCGGCCCCGCCCGAGCCCGGGCGGCCGGAGGAGGCAGGGCGGCGGCUCCCCGCCGGCGGCGGGCUCCCGGCGGUAUGGCCCUGGCGGACAGCGCCCGCGGGCUGCCCAACGGCGGCGGCGUCUCGCCGGCGGCAGGGAGCGGGGCGGCGGGCAGCGGGGCGGCGGCGGCGGCGGGCGGCUGGUCGUCCUUCCCGGAGAUCGUGGAGCUGAACGUGGGCGGGCAGGUGUACGUGACGCGGCGCUGCACGGUGGUCUCGGUGCGCGACUCGCUGCUCUGGCGCAUGUUCUCGCAGCAGCAGCCGAACGAGCUGCCCCGGGACAGCAAGGGCCGCUUCUUCCUCGACCGCGACGGCUUCCUCUUCCGCUACAUCCUGGACUACCUGCGGGACCUGCAGCUGGUGCUGCCCGAGCACUUCCCCGAGCGCAGCCGCCUCCAGCGGGAGGCCGAGUACUUCCAGCUGCCCGACCUGGCCCGCCGUCUGGCGCAGGCUCGGGCCGCCGCCGCCGCCCGCCCCGCCGCGCUGCACCGCGACGGUUCGCUCUGCGUCGACGAACCGCCGCCGCCGCCGCUCCUCGGCUACCUGGAGGCCGAGCCGCUGGAAGGGGGCGGCGGCGGGGCCGCGGCGUCCGCCCCGUCGCCCACCGCCAGCCGCAGCCCCUCGGGCGGGCCGCUGCUCACGCCCUCGCAGUCGCUGGACGGGGCGGGCGGGCGGCGCUCGGGCUACAUCACCAUCGGCUACCGGGGCUCCUACACCAUCGGGCGGGAGGCGCAGGCCGACGCCAAGUUCCGGCGGGUGGCCCGCAUCACUGUCUGCGGCAAGACGGCGCUGGCCAAGGAGGUCUUUGGGGAGACGCUGAACGAGAGCCGUGACCCCGACCGCCCUCCCGAGCGCUACACCGCCCGCUACUACCUCAAGUUCAACUUCCUUGAGCAGGCCUUCGACCGGCUCUCCGAGGCCGGCUUCCGCAUGGCUGCCUGCUCCUCCACCGGCACCUGCGCCUUCGCCCCCGAGCAGGGUGGCCCUGCCGAUGACAAGAUUUGGACCAGCUACACCGAGUAUGUCUUCUGCCGGGACUGAGCAGCCGCCCGGCCCGUGGCGUGGGGAUGAGGGGGCAGCCCCUGCACGCCCGUGCGCACAUGGUCCCCUCCCGGCCUGGAGCAAGGAGGACGUGGAGGGGAGGCUGUGUUCCCCUGCGCUUUCCUCACCCCUGCGCCCGCCUCCAUGCGCAAGGCGGGUCAGCUCCCAGUGCAGCCCCCACCCCUCCUGCACGUGCCUCCUGACGGACCCGGGGGACGGGGGACGGGAGGUCACCGUGUCUUGCUUCGGCCACUGUGUCCCUGCUUGGCCACCACAUCCCUGCUCAGCCACUGCAUCCCGGCUUAUGCCAUCAUCCUCCCUCCCAUGCCUCCCAGUAGCUGUGUCGGUAGCGAGGAAGGAGAGAGGUACCGGGAGCAGGCAGGUGCCCGUCCCAGGAAAGCACGUGCGUGUCCCCAGCCCCUGCCCCUCUCCGUGCGCAGGACCUGAGAGAGAGCUCUGUCAGGGUGGGGUGUUUUAAAAACCACCCGUUUAGGGGCUGAAGAACUUUUUGGUUGCUUUUCAGCAACUUCUGUUGAAGGUGGCACAAAGACAGCAUGAGUGGCUGCCUUUUCUCAUCCCGGUACUCCUAAGGGGGAUUUUGCCUUGCUGGGCAGACCCAAACUGGUCCAUUUUAUCCCUCUGCCACCCCAUCAAAGUGAUGUCUGUCUGUGAAGGACCGUCACACAGAAGUGAUGCCUGGCUGUGAGGGGUUGGCACUCCAGCUCAUGCUUCUUCUAUAGACAUGAGUAAUUUUGCAGGAGGUGUGUGUGUGUGUGGCCCUUUGUGACCUGCUGCAUCCAUCUCCUCUCUCUGCUCCUUAUCUCUCUGAACUCCCCUCUCCAAGCUGUUAAACUGGACCAGAGCCUGCACAGCAGGCACGUAAGGCUGGUGUGGAAGGACAGGAUCGCUGGAUAACCAACCAUUUGAACUACAAAGUGUCUUCAGAGACACUUGUUUAUUCCCUCGAGAGGUAAAACAACGAUGCUUUGAAAAAUUAAAGUGCUUGUGAAUCAUAACUUUCAUGGGUGGUGUGAAGUCCUUAUAAUUCUCUUGAAGUUACUGUCUAUGAUAUGCAUAGAAUACCCCAUGCGUGUUUCCUUGAACGCCCUCAAAACGAUGACGGUGAGACAAAGCCAGGCUUGCCAGAGCAAAGGUAGGGCCUGCUUCCUGGGAAGCUGAAAUCAUGUAUGUUGAAUUAAUGAAGAUGGACAUUAUAAGUGCAAUCAAGAGCACCCUGCUUGUUACUUUAAGUUUUGUCAUGUUAGUGCUGUAAAACUUUGAAGCCAAUAGAAUUGAUGCUGAAACCACAUCUUUAAGAACCAGUCUCUCAGUUUGUCGUGGCAGUACUUCCAGGGCAAUGACACUGCUGAGAUUAAGUACCUCUUCCUAGACAAACUUAGUGCUUCUUAGAAAGGAUUAAGCCCUGUACUUAGAAAAACAAGAAUGAUGCCAACUAUCUUCAGGGGAAAUUACCCUUUCUAAGCUGUAUUUUGUUUGUGCUAUCAAACAGUCUUUCUUUCCUGAAGAAGGCAGCCAUAGCUUGCUUUGGAACAGACAAUCUGAGGAGUAGGUUUUUCUAAUAAAUUUGUGAAGAUUGGGAUACAAAAGCACUUUCCUUUAAAUCCUGAACUUGAUUUAAAACUCUGUGUUGUCAGUUCAGAACUUCACAAAAAAAUAUUCUAAAUGUAUCCCAAGUGUUGAAGAAUUUAGCAGUAUGUAGUAAAGGCUUGAAGUUACAUUUUUAAAACUCUUGAAUAAUAAAUUGUUCUAACUCCAAAUUUAGAAAUACUGCUAGCACUUGUAUUCUAACCAAAGAAUUUCACAGUAGGGUUUUAUUUUUAAAACCUUAAUUCCUUUGAAAAGAGCUACAGCUACAUAAUGUAUUGAGUUUCAGUGCUCAGUCUCUGUGUUCACCACUUGGUCUUUCAUUAAGUGCAUGCCUAACUGCACAAAACUGAAAAUAAUUUGCAGCACUGUGUUUGGUUUUGGUUUUUUUUUUUUUUUUUUUUGUUAAUAUUAGCAAGAUUGUUUAUCAAUGUGGUUAAACUGAAGAUGUAGAUGGGAAAGCAUUGGGUGGUGUCCAGUUGUAGACAGUUUUAUAAUGGAGUAUUUUUAAAAGGAUAGAAACGUAUACCUGCCAAAUGUGAUGAGCAAUAAGAUCAAGUGAGAGGCCAAUACACCUGAAGACGGAACAAAACCCGCUUGUCCUAUGCCUUACUCUGAGAUGAUUCCUUUGUGCUUAACUUAUUUAUACCACAAGUGAAAAGACGUUGAUCACAGCUACUAGGUCUUUACAAUGCCGUUCUCAAGAAUAAUGACUGUCUUUUUCUAGUUUCUGUUAAGUAAUUCUGAAGUAUGUUUUUUAAAAUUUUGUAUAAAAUCAGUUUUCAGUAAAGUCUUGAAAUUUGCUCUAGAUAGCUUUCUUUUUUUAAGAAUCUGGUAGCUUACUAUAUCCAUCAUAGGUACUAUGAAUAGGGGCAGUUUUAAAUUGAACUUGUGAUUCAGUGUACAUAUAUAUACAGUAUAUAAACAUUUUACACGAAUCAUUUAGUUUUUUAAUCAUUUUAGUGCUACAGAAUUUCAUAAUAUAUCUAGCUGAGCAUUUACAUAUUAUGCUAUGUACAUAAUAUAGUAAUGUUUUAUUGGUUUCCUAUACCUGUUUCUAUGGAAAAACUGAAUAUGAAUAUCAGCUUGUAGAACUGCGAUUGAUUAUGUAUUUGCCUGAAUGUGAAUCAUAACUAAACUUCCAGGUGGUUGAAUGCAUCUCCAAAACAAAGAUUGCCUGUAUUUUGAUCAAUAAUUGCCUAUCUGUUUGCUGGCAGAUGACCCAGGAACUCUCAUAUUUCAAGUAAAAAUGAGUGUAAUAAAAACAUAAACUAAUGGUUUUUUAAUCUUUGUGUUUGUGCUAAAAUCUCUAAGUAUUAUUAUUAGGAAAUAGGGCCCUUCAUUUACCGAUAACUCAUUAAAUUUAGGCUUAAAAUGAUGGUGCCAUAAAUGUAAUAGUCAUUUGAUGGUUUGGCACAGAAGACAGUAUUUUUCUUAAACAUUGCUCAGUAAUUUCAGUAGAAUUUUUAGAAGGUAAAAUGCUUGUCUCUUGUGAUGAGAACUCAAAGAACAGAUAAACAUGACGACUCUGCUAACCUGUUGAUGUGCAGAAGGACAAAAAUCUAAAGGCACAGUACCAGAGUCCUGUAUACCUUUUGUAGCUGUUGUUCACAGUUCAUGUACUUAUGGAUGAAUGCAGUAGCAUUUACAAGUGCUAUUAAAAAAAACAAAGGCAGUCUUUCUUUUACUUAGAAGUUAAGGCAUAGGUCUUUUCAGUGAUGCAUAUCAUGAAGGGUGACUGCAGAUGUUUGACAGGAUGUUUAUAUUUUUAUACAUGUAGAUAACAAGCCACUUAUUCAUUCUUACUUUCACAUGUAUAGCACUGAAAAUAAAGAUCCUCCUAGGAAAACAUUGCAUACCAAAUUAAAUUCUUGUUCUUUAAAUAUUAACUCAGCUGUGUGGUUUAUGCUGUCCUUUUUACUCUUGGUGAAGAUGUCAUUAGCUUUGCUCUCUCUUCCACAGUAUCACAUUUGUAACUUCAGCAAAGACUCCAAACAAAUAUGUAAAGCAGAAACAUAGAGCAAAGACUAUUUUGUGUAUAGGGAUCUCUAGUAACACCUGUGGCAAGAUAAACAGAAAUGUGUAAUGCUCAGACUGCGUACUUUCAGGUGUCACAGACAAUUUUUGUAGUACUGGUCAAUAUAAAUCAGUCCUCAGGAAACCACAGUAAUUAAGCAGCUUAAUUUGAACAGGACAGAAUAGUUGUUGAAAUAAAAUGUUGAUGUUUUUUAUGAAGCCAGAGAAUAACAACAUUGGCUAUAGUGCUCAUUUAAUGAAAGAAACAUGAUUACCUAAGGAAAUAAAUGAUCUGAGCAAAAUGCAUUUAAAAAUUCUGUUAAGGAGCAGAGGGGUGAUUUUGUUAGCUACCCUGUGAUCUCUAGUGAACUGUUAUAAACCUGACAAUUUAUAAUUUACAAUAAAGCUGUGAUCAGUUUCAAAGAAAAUCAGUAAUGAAUUGCUAAUAUAACCCAUGUGUAUGAAGCGCCUGUGUAUUUAAUAAAACUUUCUUGGGUAGCAGGUUUAUCAUGCAAAGGAACCAGCUGAAGGAAGUUUAAUCAAAUGUUUUAUUUGAUGGCUUAAUAGUAUUUGAGAGCUUUGUUAUCUUGCAAAUCUUAGGUCUCAUUUCCUUUACACUACCACUGCAAUUACCCUGCUCACCCCCAUCCCUUAUAUUUUACUUUUGCUGGGCCAAAGACAGCACGUUCUUUGGCAGAGCCAGUUUUUGCUGUGCUGAAGGUUAUGGCUGAAUUCUACCUUUCUCUUUCAGUGAACUAUAGACUUUUUUCCCCUUUCUUUUACCCAGCCAGCAGUAUUCAUGGAAUUUGUAGGAACAUAACAUCUGUGAAUUUUUUUAGUUCUUUCAAUUGUAUUUGAAAUUACCCGUCAACUCAGAAGUUAAGGGGGACAGAUGUCCACCCAAAUGGACAAUACAAGUGUAUGAGCCUUAUUUCCUUAGGAAACAAGGCUAGCAACAAAUUACUGUAAUUAAUGUCUGGCACUGUCUAUAUAAAGGAGAACAGAGUAGUCCAAUUGUACUAAAUCCCUACAGGCCGAGGAGGCAAGCAGUCACGCUCACUUUUGCAACGCUGGCCAGUCAGCCAAACAAAUGGGUGGACUAGAAUGUCUUAAAAAUAUUUCCAGCCUCCAAAUUUCUGCGGUGUUUCCAAGUGUAGCUUGAACAGCUUUGGGUCUUGUUUCAACAGCCCUUCUUGGCUGCUUGUCUUAUAUCUAUCUAUUGGUACCUUUGCUGAAGAAACUUUUUGUUAUGAAUAUCGAGCUUUUAGGACUCCUUCUGCCCUUUUGCCUGACAGAAUUGGAUCAAAAUGUGCAAGGAAAUAUUUUCUGAAGGCUAGAUUUGACUAUUUUUUUUUCAUUAUAGGAAAUCUUCAGUUUAGUUGUUAACGAAAGAUUAGCAGAAAUGCAUUAUUUAUUUAGAAAGUACUAGCAUUUAAUUUUAUGAAACAAUGCUAGUUUUAUUUUUCAUUAAAAUGAACUGCCUGUGUUUUUCCCCAUGCAGUGAACUGUACUAGAUGUAAGGCUCUGCUGCUGAGCAAAACUCUUAUGUAUGAUUGCUGAAGUAUUAAUACCACCGUUGCAAGCAGUCUGCUGGAAAGACCCAGCACAACUGCUGAGACAGUCAAAACCAUCGUCAGUCAAAUCGUCAUCACAUUUCUUCCCUGUUCCACUCUUCACUGUGUUCAAACUGGAAUAAAAUUAAGCUCUGUUAAACA